UUGAUAUUAAAAAACGGGGCGUCGCCUAAGUAUCCUAAACUAUAUCCAUCUGUCCCUGAACCUGCAAGAAUGCCUGUUGCUCCUACAGAGCGUAUAUAAGACUGUCAGCGUUCUAUUGCAAUGCACAGUGUUAGAUUACCACCUCGUCGACAACAACUGAGCAUCGCGUUGUUAGCGCUUGGAGAACUUGCUUCCACAGUUGUUCUCUGCAAUUCGUGUAUUGAAACUCUCAAGACACAAGUGCGGUAUUUAGCUCACGGAUCUUAUCGUUCGUCAUGGAGAACAUACGCGCAACCAAUCAGCUUGAUGCGAUUUGCAUCGACAGCGACAAGACUACCAAUUUUGCGAAAGAUGCACCGAGGAUUACGAAAUACUCGUUGGCCGAUUCGGCUGACGGAUCGAACGGUGGUAUGGAUUAUCAUAUCGAGAUAAUUAAUAAGGAUGACAAACUGAAGGUGCUGAAGUUCCUAAGGAGAUUCUUCUUCAGAGAUGAGCCGCUCAAUCAGAGCAUCCAAUUGAUUCCAGAGGGUGAAGACAGUACUUGCAUGGAAUUGGAGGAUUACUGCAGCCACUCGUCGCUCGAAAAUAAUUUGAGUCUGAUGGCAGUUUCCGCGAGUGGUGCAAUUGUUGGAGUUCUGCUCAGUGGUAAAAUGGAUCCUCCAUCGAACGAAGAACCAGAAUACAUACAAUCGUGUAAAAACGCGAAAUUUAAAAAGAUACUAAGAUUAUUGCACCAUAUAGACAAAGGUGUAAACAUAAAUGGACAAUAUCGGGAUUUCAACGUUCUAGAGGUCAGAAUAAUUUCGGUGGAUACAAAUUGGAGAGGAAAAGGUGUCGGGAAAACGCUCAUAGAAAAGUCGAUGGAAAUCGCAAAGGAGCAAGGAUUUCAUUAUAUCAGGGCAGACUGCACGUCCUUUUUUUCCUGUAAGUUAUGCGCGCGACUUGGCUUCGACGCGAUAUACAAUCUUAAUUAUAACGACUACGUGGAUGAAGACGGGAAGCCAAUCUUUUCACCCGCGUCACCUCACACGGCGGUUGUUGCAUAUAUAAAGAAAUUAUCAACAUAAAGUUUAAAGAUGUGUGUGAUAUUGAAGAGAGAGUAUGUCUGGAACGACCAAAAGUUUGAUGUAAAGUACGAAAGAAAAAAAAAUAAUAAGACACGUCACAUAUUAAAAAUGUAUACCGAUAUCUACAUUGCAAAGAGAGAGCUAGUAGAAAACAAAGUAUAUUUUAUAAUUUACUGUACAAUAUAUAUGUGAAAAUUGCAUAUCAUCAUAUAAGUGUAACGCUAAUCAUUGUAAAUACAAUAACUAUUUCGAAAAACGAUUAGAUAUAAUAUAAUAGCAUAGAUGUGUUUCUACGUCUACAUGCGCAACAAAUAUAUUAUUGGUGUAAAUGUAAUACCACCGAUAUAUAUAGAUAUGUGUAUAUUAUGUAAGUUGAAGUAUAGAGAAUGUUUAAUUCA